CAUUCCUUUUAUAAUUUUGCUAUAAAAACAACAAACGUGGUUCUUAACACUUUCCUAAAUAAAUUUUUCUGCAGAGAAGAAUUAAUUGGAUUAAGAAACAUAAAAAUAGCAUAAUCAUGAGAAUUGAAACUUGCUAUUUCUGUUCCAGCAAAGUAUACCCUGGUCAUGGUAUGUUAUUCGUGAGAAAUGACUGCAAACAAUUUCGAUUCUGCAGAAAGAAGUGUAGGAGAGCAUUUACAAGAAAGAAGAACCCACGUAAGGCGAAAUGGACUAAAGUUUAUCGAAAACUUGCCGGCAAAGAACUCACUGUGGAUCCAUGUUUCGAAUUCGAGAAAAGACGAAAUGCUCCAGUAAAAUACGACCGUGAAUUGUGGACAAAAACUAUAGAUGCCAUCAAACGAGUGAAUGAAAUCAAGGAACGUCGUGAGAAACAUUUUGUUAUGGAAAGAUUACGCAAAGGAACACAACGCGAGAUUCACGAUGAUGUCCGUGACGUACAGAAGAACAUUUCACUUAUCAGAGCACCAGAAGGUAUCAGAAAGAAGGAUCUUGAAGCAGAGCAAAAUAAAGCAAUGGAAGUGGAAGAUGAAGAAGUUGAAUACAUGGAUGCACAUAUAAGCAAUUUAGCUGGACGGGAAGGAUUGAUUAAAUGCAUAUUUUUAAGUGAAUUUCACGCAACAGUUGGAAGUUUAAUUAAACACCAAGUUCCAGAUAAUUACAUUUCAAAAGAUGUUUUUGAUCUUAUAAAUGUGUAUAUUCUUCCAAAGCGAGAACUUGAACGACAAAUACUUACAGUGAACACUUUAGGCAUAAAAAUCGUGGGAUAUCCUAUAAAGAUCACAAGUCCUCGAUAUGCUCGAAAUGCUUUUUACUUCAAUUUGUGCUUCGUAUGUGAUCAUUUCUCGAGAUCAGUUCAAUAUGAAAGUGUAGUGAAAAAGCUUGCCGAGUAUCUUAUAAUGAUUGAGACCGAAUGCGGGUUCUUAUCUCGUGACGAGCACAGGCCACGAAUACAACACAUGCUGAACAAAAUAAUGAAAGACCUCAAUGAGACGAGAGUUUGUACAAUUGUUGAAGGUGAAACGACAAUCUAUUUGAAGAUUGUGAGAAUAGCAGACGAUCCUCCUGAAGUCUUUGAUCAUCAAGUUCCAAUUCUGCGUUUAGAAUUUAAAGACAUGUCGUUUGAUUCAUGGGAUCUUACUACACAACAAGUUCUACCUUACAUUAACGGCGUUUAUCAUGUGUCACGAAUAGCUGCAUGUGCUGAUGUCGAAACAUCGCUCGUCAAAUCUUGCGUGCAGAAUUUGGUUUAUUAUAAUAUCGUUGAGCUUCUACCAUUGUUUAAGUAUUCAAACGUUUACAUGUGCACUCGAAAUCUUCAAAAACUCACAAAAAAUCAUCAUUUGAGUCAAGAAUGUCUUGCCAUUGUCACUUUGAAUCGUGACGAUCCUCCACCCACCAUGUACCGAGUUUUUCAACUUUACUCACAAAUGACUCAUGGAGUGAGUCUUAAAACGCUUUGUAUACGAUUGUCGCCAAGACUGAACAACAUUGAUGAGAGAAAGUUGGUUGAAUUUGGACUCAAGCACAAUCUCAUCAGAUGCAUUAACAAAUAUCCUAUUUUUACUGGAUCGAUACCAAACUCACGUCAAAGACUUUAUAAUGGAUUAAAUCAUUUCGAUGAGAUUUGUUGUCGAACUGGUCUAAGCUCACAGAAAAUUGAAGAGUCAAUCGACUCUGAUACGAAUGUGACGGUCAUAUGCAAGUAGAUUCUACCUCGAUCCAACCUUUCGAAGAUCAACAACGAUUAAAUAUUUAUUCAUGCGAAUUUUAGCGCAUAACCACCUCACUCAUACUCAUGCUUUAAUUCACUCAUAUACUUCGCUCUCAUUCGCAAGGCUUGAAGCUUUCUGACUUAAAAAGUAUUUAUGUCCAUUUAGCCAUCAAACUUGCAUACUGCAACGCAUCUCAUCAUCAUAAAUUGAAUUUAAUUUAAUGUUAGAUAGUUAAUAAUAAUACAUUAACUUAUAAAAGUAGGAAUGAAACAAAAUCAGCAAAUUUCAUCAUUUGCAUACUUAGGUAGUUAUGUUUAAUAAUUAUAAUAAUAAAGGCACAAGCACCUUCACUCAAUUUAAAUAAAUUUCUAAUUCACAAAAAGUCAUCAACAUCAUUAAACUGCACAUUAUGAAAUGAAUUCUUAGAGUGAGAAAUUUUCUAAAUUGUGAAAAUUAAUUCGAAUGUGAUUUGGCUGGAAAAAGACUUAAAAAUGUGUUUGGCAGUUUUGAUAAAAAUUCAUUUCAAUUUUAUUUCGGUUGUUAAAUGUAUCAAAGAAUGUUCUGAAUGGAAUUUUAAUUUUAAUUAAAUAUUUUUUUAAAAGUAUAAUUUCAAAUGUAAUAAAGAAUAUUAUGAUGUGAUUAA